AUGCCUGACAAUCAGCUCUUUCUGACCAUCUUCCUUGACACAUGGGUCCAUGUUGAGGAUGUUGAACGCUGUCACCAAGGCCACCUGCUCUUCCUGCUGGGCUUCUCCACCUCCGGUGACUUUUUCGCAGAAAUGUCGGCAGCUGGCAGCAAAUACAUAGACACUGAGGUUGAAAAUGCCAUCAAUGGGGUGAAGCAGAUGAAGACCCUGAUGGACAAGACCAGCAAGGACCAUCAGGCCAUCCUGCAGACACUGGAGGAGACAAAGAGAAGGAAAGAGGAAGCAGUGCAGCUGGUCCGGGAGAAGGAACAGGAGCUGGCAGAGCAGCAGGAGGUGUGCAACGAGACGAUGCUGGCCCUGUGGGAGCAGUGCAAGCCCUGCCUCAAGCGCUCCUGCGUCCGCUUCUACUCCCGCACCUGCCGCAGUGGCUCGGGACUCGUGGGACGGCAGCUGGAGGAAUUCCUCAACCAUUCCUCUCCCUUUUCCAUCUGGGUGAACGGCGAGCGCAUCGAUUCGCUGCUGGAGCGGGACCAGCGGCAGGAGCGGCAGUUCGAGGACUUGGAAGCACAGUUUGGAUUGCUGGAGGAUGAAGUGGAUGACAUCUUCCAGGACAGCACCCAAGUCUAUGGACGCCUGCAUCCCUUUUUCCGAGCACCCUUUGGUGGUUUCCGUGAGGCUUUCCGCCCUCCCAUUCAGCACGUCCGCAUCCCCAUCCGCAGCGAGAGGUUUUCCCGGGAGCUGCAUCCCUUUUUCCAGCAUCCCUACCAUGGUUUCCACCACCUUUUCCAGCCACUUUUUGAGAUGACACAGCGGAUGAUGGAGGAGUCGCAGGGCAGCUGGGACCGCCCGUUGGGUGGCUUUGCCUCAGAGUCCCGUAACUUCAGCGACGAUCGGAUGGUGUGUCGGGAGAUCCGGCGAAACUCCGCCGGCUGCCUGCGGCUGCGGGAUGAGUGCGAGAAGUGCCGGGAGAUCCUCUCCGUGGACUGCGGGCAGACAGACCCUGGCCAGAGCCAGCUGCGGGAGCAGCUGGAGGACGCCUUGCGCUUGGCCGAGCGCUUCAGCCGCCGCUAUGACGAUCUCCUCCGCGCCUUCCAAGCCGAGAUGCUCAACACCACCAGCCUCCUGGACCAGCUCAACCGGCAGUUUGGGUGGGUCUCCCGCUUGGCAAACCUCACCCAAGGCACCACCGACGGCUUCCUCCAGGUCACCACGGUCCUCUCCAAGGCUCCCAACCUCGAGGACCCCUCGGCACCCCCCGACACGCAGGUGACUGUGCAGCUCUUUGAUUCGGAGCCCUUGUCCCUCACCGUGCCUGGGGACAUCUCCUGGGACGACCCCCGGUUCAUGGAGAUGGUGGCUGAGCAGGCGCUUCAGCACUACAAGCAAAACACCAUGUGA